AUGAAGAGCCACCCUAUGCUCACACCUAUCUUAUACCUCUGCUGCUUAUUCUUCCUUCUUUCUUAUUUAACAAUUGCUACUUCUACACCUCUUUACAAUCCUGUUGAAAAUAUUGUCGUUAACUGUGGCUCCGCUGGCAGCUUGAAGGGGGAUGAUGAUCGUUACUGGAUCGGAGACAAAGGUUCCAAGUUCGCUCCAAUAGAAGAGCCUAAUCACAAAUCUAAAACCUCUGAAGCCCAAAGCCUAGUCUCGGUCGAGACUGUCCCCUACAUGACUGCCCGUUUAUCUUAUUGGCAAUUCACAUACGUGUUUCCGGUCACUCCUGGCCCGAAAUUCGUCCGGUUGUACUUCUACUCUGCGGUUUACUCAGGUUUUGAAAGUUCUAAGGACAUUUUCACUGUCAAAGCAGGUUCGUUCACCUUACUUAGAAACUUCAGUGCUUCCAUUUAUACUGAUUCAUUGGACCGAAAGGAUAUUUACAAAGAGUUCUGCAUCAGUGUUGAUGAGAAUAAAAAAUUGUACUUAACCUUUAUCCCUUUUACAAGUGCUUCUACGAAUUACCAUGCUUUCAUCAAUGGAAUUGAGAUAGUCUCCAUGCCUUUGGACCUGUACUACAAGCCAUUCGUUCCAGUUGUCGGCCAAACUUAUUCGAUCUACAUAGACUACAGCAGGGCUCUCGAAAUGGUUUAUCGAUUAAACGUGGGUGGAGGCGCGAUACAAGCAGAGGAAGACACAGGCAUGUUCAGAAAAUGGUCAGAGGAGAGAGAUUAUUUGUUGUCUGGACGCUUUGGGCCUCACGAUCCAUCUUUGAAGCCAAAAUACACAAAAAUACCAAAUUACACUGCACCUGAUGCUGUCUAUCAGUCUGCAAUAUCAAUGGGUCCAGACAGUAACAAGAACAGGAAGUCUAAUUUGACAUGGGGCUUACCUGUUGAUACAGGAUUCAAUUUUCUGGUGAGGCUCCAUUUCUGCGAAAUAGAGUCAGAGAUACAUGCCAGUGGGACAAGGGAAUUCUGUAUCUAUAUAGACGAUCAGCUGGCUGAAGAAAGAGCAGAUGUACUAUUGUGGACUGACGACAACGAUACGCCUUACUACAAGGACUACGUGGUGAUGAUAAAAAACAAGGGUAAUGACACACAUCUGCUUUCCAUUGAUCUACACUCUAGAUUAGAUGCUCAAUUGAUCGAUGCCAUUUUAAACGGCGUGGAAGUAUUCAAAUUGAGUGACUCAGACAACAAUCUUGCCCGAGCCAAUAUUGCAGCUUCAUUGCUUGAUCAACAACCUGCUGGGGCAGCCAACGAGUCCAAGUCAAAGAAGACAACAAUAUUCAUUGCCAUUGGAAGUGUUUUGGGCUUAUUAGUCGUGCUCACUCUAGUUUGUUGCAUGGUUCUCUGUAAACUGAAGAAGACCAAGCACUAUGGUUCUUGCCAUCCACUAGCAAAGCGGUGGUGGUGGUCUAGGCCAGAUCCCUACAAAAGAGAGUUCUCAAGGAGAGCAAGGAGAUUAUUAGGAAAUGAGGAAUCACAUACACCUUUUCCUAGUGACAACCUGAACCAAGUCCAGGAGCUCCCACUAUUCAAUUUUGAGAUGCUGGUGAGCGCAACAAACGACUUCCAUCUAUCUAACAAGCUUGGUCAAGGUGGAUUUGGUCCCGUAUACAAGGGAAAACUAUCAGAUGGACAAGAAAUUGCAGUGAAAAGACUUUCUAGAACCUCUGCCCAAGGGUUAAAAGAAUUUAUGAAUGAGGUGGUAAUAAUUUCUAAACUCCAACAUCGGAAUCUUGUUAGGCUCCUUGGCUGCUGUGUUGAAGGAGAAGAAAGGAUGUUGUUAUAUGAAUACAUGCCAAACAAAAGUCUUGAUGCAUUUCUCUUCGGCAUGGAAAUUGUGGAAUGCAGACAACGCUAUAGCAUUAAUAAACCCAAUGAUAUAUGAGCCCUGCUUUGAAAUAGAGAUUUUGAGAUGCAUACAAGUUGGGUUGUUGUGUGUGCAAGAAUUUGCUCAAGAUAGGCCAACUGUAUCUAUUGUUGUUUCCAUGCUUAAAAGUGAGAUUGGUAAUCUGCCUCCUCCGACGAAACCAGCAUUCAUUGAAAAGUUGAUUGCAUUAGAUACAAAUCCCUCUAAAUGCUUCCAAACAAAAUGCUCUGUUAACAAUGUUACUGUUACAAUGGUUCAAGGUCGAUAGUUGGCAUGUAUUAUUCACAUAAUCAUGUUGUAGUUAUUUAUUCAUUUUGAACACUUUUUUAAGAAUCUUAAACUUUUGUUUGUAUU